CCGUGCGUGUCAGUCGCUGGCUGGCAGCAAAGCGUUCACGUCGUCCCUGGAGCUGCAGGGAAUUUCUAUUCCACGGUCAUCCUGCCUACCCCCAGCCGCCUUGGGGGGCAUGCCGAUCCCUACCCGCCAUGCGGGGUCGUCGCUAUCAUUACUCCACAUUUCCUUGAUGAUAUUCGCUCUACAUUCCCAUGGUCAAACAUCGGCAUCCAACUUCUUGUCCUGGCGUAACCCCUUUGGGGAAAUCCAGACAUCGUCGUACAUCCCCAAAGACGUGGUCACCUCUGAGGCAGUCUCUUUGGUAGGAUGGUUCACGAUGUUCCAAUGGCCCCACAACAGGGGAAUCAGAUUUCAAAAUGGGGAAAUUCAGGGGACAGUUUAUGGUCAAGGCAAGCAUCGACACAAAGCAAAGUGGGGCCAUGCUCGAGAAGUUCCACCAAUUGAAAAAGAGGUACUCGUGAAUCCAUGGCGGAACGUUGCCUCGAGGUCACGUCUUGGCCAGGAACUCUCCAGUUACGGCUUCUCAAAGUCCAGCCGCAAAAGAACCGAGUCUUGGGAUAGUCCCGUCGAAAGUCUUGUCCUUGAGAAAGCAAAUGAGAAUGAAAAUAUCGGUAAUAAUUCUUCUAAUGAUUUUGAUGAACCAAAAGACGGAACUGGAAAUGUCACGGUAUUCCCCUUUUCCCAAAUUGAACGUCGGCGUAAAAGGAUCAUCUGCUGUAAUGCCGAUGGGGUUUGUCGAACUUGUCUGAACGGAAUGGAUGCCGAAGAAGUGGUCAACAAGUAUUUGGACUUUUUUGCCGAUGUACCGAGGAGCUUGGUGGAGUUUUCGGUUUUGGGAGAACUACAAAGUGCUCAAUGUGACCAACUGGACUUACCCCUUUUUCCUGUGGACAUGUCCAACCUCGCCAUAACCCCGCUGUGGGUCCGGAAAGUUUCGCACUUGGGUUGGUGUCCUUCUUUGUUGGUCACCAAGGAUCUUGGACCAAGCUCGUUCCCCCCGAAACUCAUAGAGGCAAAAUGUCUUUGUGUGUAUUCAAAGUGUUCAUCUAAAGGGGCAGACUUUCGAUGUGUUCCAGUUUACAAGAAGGUCGCCACAUGGCUGAGGUUCAGUGAGAGGGGGUCUAGCGGUAAGCCAUUUUCCCCUGAAAUGAUCACAGUUCAAAUAGGCUGCGUAUGCGCGCAGCGGCCUGCGCAGUUCGGGGGAGAAAUUAACUCGGUCUACGCGUUGCCCUAGGUAAUUAGUGUCAAAAUAAUACCCUAGAAGAUGUCUCCACACAUUCAUUGAUAUAAAGUAGAACUAGAGAAUAAAUCAGGCACAUUAUAGAUCUCCACACGUCCACAAUAUUACAGAGUUAUACCAGAGAACAAUAAGUUAAUUGAUACCCUAGGUGUCAUAUUUAGGGUAUAGGGUCGUCACACUAACACUGCAGAAUUUAAGGCAAGCCCUGUAACCAAAAAUGAUUUUAAAACUUUAUUUUUAAAAGUUGUACAUUUUUGACAGGAAAUUUCAUGAACUAAACUUCAUGGUCAGAUUUUUUAGAGCGGUGUCCACAGCAGCAUUACUAUUUUAUUAUUUAUGAGAACCUUAUGUCAAAAUUAUAUCUUGAAAGCUUAUUGAAGGACCAGCGUGUUUCCAAUUAUUAAUCAACACUGAUGACAUCAAUUAUUGAAGCUGUGUACUCCAAUUAUCACUGAAUAAAUCAAUAAUUUUGUCAACUUGAUAAUCAAAUGCAUUGUUUGCGCAAUAAGUUAAAAUUAUUUAGGCUCAAUAAAUAAUAAAAUUUACCAUGAUUAUUAACCAUGACGUCUCUUGCGUUAAACGAUUUUCUUAGGACUAAUCAUGAUUCAAUUAAAUUCCGCUUAGUAAUGUGCAUUACGAAAUCGUCUAUAUUAUUAACGAAUUUUAGAGGUUUCAUUACUUGACAAUUUAUUUUUAAUGGAUACAAUUAACUUUAUUUGAUCUUAUAUCCUAUAACAUAAAUUUAGCUCGU